CGGUGCGAACGCUGGAGUGCAUGGCGAAGGAGAGCAAGUCCAUGCGCGCGGCGGUAAUGGAGGAUGACGGCGCGGUUACCGCCAUCUUUGAGGUGUUACAGGAGAGUGCGUCGCACUUUGCGGCGGGGAGUCUGAGGUCCUCGGCGCUGCUGCUCCUGGGGCACCUCUGCCAGGAGCACAACGCGGCUGAAAUGAUGGCCGCACCGCCAGAGGUGGUCAAAACGCUCGCCACGCUCCUAGCCAGGCCGCUACCUGGGGAGGAGCGGGAGGCGAUAGUGAUGUGUUGGGGACUAUGGCCGGGAACAAGCAGAUGCGGCCGCUGGUGAGGAUAGAGGAGCAGGUUUUCACGCUGAUGCAAAAGUUUCUGAACCUGAAUCCUGGGUCGAGUACCGGAACGUCAGGUCCGGGGAGCUCCAACCCUGCCAGUUCGGCUCGGUUGCAGGAGGCGAUUAUGUCCGGGCUGUCGAAGCUUGCCGACCCUGACGAUAUGGAGGCGCAGCAGAUUGUGGCUAGGCUUGGGUGAUCCCCCUGGCAGUGCAUUAUCUUAAAAUGGGGCCGGAUGUAAUGAGGAUCCCGUCCGCAGUGCUGUUGGAAUCUCUCCCACUCCACGCCGAAGCUCGUCGACCAAACCUCGCUCGACCGCAGGCUCGGCAAGGCCAUGACCUGGAAGCUCAACUUCUCCCGGUCCAACUCGA